AUGGAAGGUGCUAAAGAUCCGAAAUCGUUCACGCUCGUUGAGUUGAAUGAGAUUCUAAGGGCAAAAGGACUGGCUACCAAAGGUAGCAAAAACGAGUUGAUAAGUCGCUUGAAUCUCGACGAUCCCAGUGGUGCGUGGGUGACAAUGUGCAUAAACAGUGAUGGUGCAUGUGGCGAAAAAUCACCGCACGACAGUGACGACGAACUUGCGAGCAGCGAUAAAGACGAAAUGCUGCGACGAAGAGAAAUCGAGGUCUGCCGACGGGAGAAAGAAGUGCUCGAGAAAGAACUUGAGUUAGCCCGUCGCGAAAUCCAAAUGUUGCGCCGAAGUGCCGAUCUUCAAAGCGACGGACAAUCGACGUCAAGUCAAUCAAUGCAAUCGCUCCCUAUACCGCAGAAAGUGAACGUAGAGGCAGUGGCAGAUCUUCUGGGUAAUUUCUCCGGGAAUUUGGAGAUGUAUGAAACGUGGGAGAAACAGGUGAAGUUCCUGAAGAUGACCUAUAAGCUCGAGGACGAUAUGACGAAGAUAGUGGUCGGCAAGCGGCUGAAGGAAAAGGCGUGGGAAUGGUUUCAUUUCCAUUCGAAACCAGAGUAUAUGCAUAUGACGUCGGACCAGUUAUUCGCAGGGCUCCGGGGUAUGUUUUUCCACCGCCCAAAUAAGAUCGCUCUAAGACGACAAUUCGAAGACAGAGUGUGGAAAGAAGACGAAACAUUCCACAGCUACGUUCACGAGAAGGUAAUAAUGGGGAAUCGAAUCGCUAUCAACGACGACGAGAUCAUGGGCUACAUAAUCGAUGGCAUCCCAGACCGGAACCUACGCAACAUGGCACGAGUUCAGGCAUUCACGACGAAGGAGCAGAUCCUGCAGGCGUUUGAGGAGAUCUCCCUACAGGACAAGGGUUUCGCAGGGACAUCGACCGGCUCGAAGAACGGAGACAGAAGUGUGGCACGGCGUAAGAUAGAUAAGAACUCUAAGGACGAUACAGGUGAAAGAAGCGAAAAGAAAGACUCGUAUGUUAAGAGGGAUCAAGGUAUGUCGAAACGUUGUUUUAAUUGCGGCAUGAAAGAUCACCGAUUAUUAGAUACGGGAAGCGAUAUCACGAUCAUGAGCGCGAACGCGUAUACGAAAAUCGGUUCACCGCGACUCGAGAAUGAUAUCACGCCGUUCCGAGGGAUCGACACCGAGGAAAAUGCAACGAUGGGUAGGUUUCACGCGAAGCUAACGGUCGAUGAUCAUUCGUAUGCGAUAUCUAUUAAUGUCGUUUCGGAUGUAUUGACGCGAUACUCAUUGUUCAUCGGAAAAGACUUUCUUGACGAGAUUGAAUUAAAUGUUAAGCGUAGAAAAGCUACGAUUAAGCCGUUGAGUGAAAAAGAUUGCAGUUUUGCCGAAAUUUGUCAGAUCGACGUAGUUUGCGAACAGGGAACCGAUAGGGUAGAUUUAGCAAACAUUCAAGACGAUGUACAUAAACAGGCGAUACGAGACUUAAUAGAUAAUUAUAAACCAAGACGAACCCAAGACGCGAAUGUUAAGAUGAGUUUAGUUUUAAAAGACGAGGAACCCGUUUAUCAGCGCGCGAGACGAUUAUCGGCGGUCGAAAAAGACAUAAUCAAUAAGCAAAUAGAAGAAUGGCUCAAUGACGGCAUUGUACAGCCAUCCGUUUCCGAGUACGCAAGCCCAGUUGUUUUAGUAAAGAAGAAAGACGGAUCGAACAGACUCUGCAUAGAUUUUCGGUUAUUAAAUAAAAAGAUAGUCAAAGAUCGGUAUCCGCUGCCUUUAAUAGAAGAUCAGCUAGAUGCACUGCAAAGUGCAAGGGUGUCCAGCACGUUAGACCUAAAGAACGGAUUUUUUCACGUACCAAUAGAAGAGUCAAGUCGAAAAUAUACCGCAUUUAUAGUUCCCGAUGGGCAUUAUGAGUUUCUCAGAGUGCCGUUUGGACUCUGUAACUCACCCACAAUUUUUCAAAAAUUUAUAAACGCUGUUUUCCAAGAUCUUAUUCGCGAGCAUGUGCUAUUAGUUUAUAUAGAUGAUUUAAUAAUACCCUCAGUAGAUUUGAAACGGGAUUGA